AUGGCUGACGGCGGCGCAGUGACUAAUGGCCUCCAGGUAGUGGCAAACUUGCCGGAGGAAGUUCACUGGCUUUGCGAGAAGAUCGAACUUGGGCCUGGUGGGAAACAAGUGGAGUGCGAUGAAGACGAAACAUCUCGUCAAGAAGCCACGCUGCACGCCCUAAUGUUACUGUCAUUCGUCGACCAGGAGACCAACCAGAAUUGGCUGAAAGGCAGGAUCGCUGCACAGUUGGCACGGUGCGCUGCUUGUACGGCACAGUUCUACUGUCUAAAGCGCAGAUUCUACCAUCAAUUACUAGAAGAGCAUGACAAGGAAAACCUUGACCUAUUUUUCGGCUUUCUCGAGGAAUGGGACAUCGAACGCGUAUUGCCGGUUAUCAAGGAUGUCGUUCGGGAUAUUAAGAAAGCAGAAUCGGUAGACGCUUGGUACGAGAGGUUUCGAGGGAACAGAGCCCAGCGCAAUGCAGUCUACGAGUGUUUUUGUAGUCCGGAAGUUCUUCGAAAUGAAGAACUCAGAUCUUGUUUUGCCGAAAUAUGCAAGACGGGAAGGGUAACAGUAGAAGGACCUGCAAGAGGACUUAUCACCUUUCUCUCUGGCCAGCAGGAACCUUUCCGCACAGUGGUUGAGCAAUCGUGGAAGAUUAUGGGUCCUAAUUUUAAACCUCAAGAGUUUGAGUCCCACAUGUUGGAAGCACUAGAGGAGACUGUCCGGAAAGCAGAAACUGAGGGUGUUCCGGAGAAGCUGGUGCCAUUCUGGGCUGGAAUGGCUACGAUUGUAAAAAAUGUCAGUAAGGAGGUCAUUACAAAGACUAUCUGUGGAGCAAAGCAUGAUCCAAUUAAGUUGGCUAUAAAUCAUAUCUCCCUCCGCGCCCCAUAUCUACAUUCGUUACUUCGGUUUUACGAAUCCCUCAUGACGAAAUUAGGUGGUGAAAUCUGGGAUGUUGUUUCGCCUCUUACUUCUUCGACAUUUGCAGAUAUUCUGCUUGUCGAAGAUAAGUAUUCCGAACUCCUCCGCAACAUUCCCCAGGAUGAGAGUGGUGAAUUGCGAAUUCUGGACUUGACCAAAUGGAUGUCGUCGUUUGUCGGUAGUAUACGACCCCUUCAGCGACCUACUAGCGCUACACCGCUUCUCCGACAGCUUUUCAAGGAGCAUAGUUUGCCGCCCUUAUCCCGAGGCAUCUGCUGGAAAGAAGGGAUGAAGGUUUUAAGUUUAACCUUGAGUGGUGUUCAUUCCCAUUCAAGCACGCUCGAGGGGGAAGCCGACCGCAUUAUCCUACGACAGGCAAAUGAACUCUUUAACGAACAUCUUAAUAUAGUAAUUCAGGUCGCGACCUCUUCAAUGGAGUACGAGGAUGCGCGCAUGGGAUUGCAUAUGUCAAUGGCUCGAGAUGCCGCCAUAGAGACCUUGACAUCGGCCUUGAAGCUGGAUGUCAAGGUUGUAAUGACAGACUAUGCCAGCCUGACGAAGAAGAAACCAGAGCUACCUGUCACAGAGACAACAGUCAGGGACGAGCUUUGGAGAAGUGUUUGCGAAAGAUUUCCCCGGGAUAACAUCCACUUUGGCCGCCAAAUAUUGACGGUUCUGCAAGAACUGAUUAUGCUUGAGAAGGUUUAUAUCAGUAACUCGGACCAAGAUGAUCUGAAGAACAGAAAGACAAAGUUCAACGAAGUGAUAACCACUCUACAAGGACGACUUCACGAAUAUUUCCAGGCACUGAGUCGCUUCACACCCUAUAAUAUCAAUCAGGUUCUCUCACAGGAUAGCGCCCAACUUACUUUCUUUACUGGUAUAAUUUCUCCGAUAGACGAUGUUUCUUUUGCAGCGGAAGACAGUCUUCUUCAAGCCUAUGGUGUAGAAGAUAAGAACGAAGCUCUUCGAGCCAUGCUGAAGGCCGAUUUUCGUGUGACCAUAACGGCACUUUCCGACCUUGGACGACAGCUGCAAAAAGUGACAACGUUUUCUCUGAUGCCCAAGAUGAUCAAUUUUAGUUCGAUCGUGCUGGAUGUCCUAUGUGAUCGGUAUGAUGGUGUCAUCGUAAAACAAAAUCUUGAGGGAUGGCAGAAGACUACAUUAAGGAUAUACUGGGAUGUACAAUGGAGGUGGCUUGGGAAUAUUUUCAAACGAGUAAGAAGGUGGGCGUUUUUCGUCGAUAAAGAAGUCAUGAUCGAGUUUACUCGAGAUGCUAUGGACUACGCAGAUAAUCUUUUCAAUCGGUAUUGGACAUUCGAACAGGCACUGAGAGCCAAUAUGUCUGAGCUUGAUGUCAGACCAGGUGCCAAUAAAGAUAUUAGCUGGGGGGUAAAGCUUCUUCAAGACGCCUCAAGAACGCUUCAUCCUCUCGCUGGUAUCUUGACCAUACAAGAUCCGCAUCUUUUAAGUACUUGUCAAGCCUUGAUGUGCAAGAUAUUGAAGCUUCUAGAGCAACAGGGCGUCGAGAUUUCAGAUGAUUAUUUUACCACAAUGAGAAAGUAUAUCUACCCCCAAACACUACCGGAAUACGACCCGUCAGCCCCCCCUACAACAAAUCUCAGUGAAGUACAAAAGGCAGAGCUCUCAGUCGCCGUGACCAAGAUCCGCCCCGACUUCAUUCCCGAUGAAGUCAAACCCACUGUGGUUGAAAUUUCAGACGAUGACUAUGGUGAUAUCUCAGAUGACGAAAUGAUACAGGCGGUGGAAGAGGUGUCCCGAAAGAAGACUGUGCACAAGCAGACCCAGCUUCAAUUUCCAACUACUACGGUCCGACCUGCCGACGCCGCUAGAUCUUAUAAGCCGCCUGUAAAACCAUCGGCAACACAAUCGAAGGCUAGUGCACUCAGAGUAGGUGCUGCGAAAGAUGCGACUCGUGGGGGUAUUCCUGAUGAUUUUCUCAUCAAACGAAAAGCCGCAAAAGCCGCUGAUGCUGCUAGAAAGGCGGCGUUGGCAGCAGAGAAGGCCAAGCGAGCUGCUACCACUGUCGUUGAAGAUUCUUCUUCGGAUGAAUCCUCUGAAGAUGAGGGCGGUAAUUCUUUGUUCAAGCUCGGCAAUGCUGUUCAAAGGUCAACGAGGAUUGUACAUGAUCUAAAUUUGGGUACUUCACUUAAGCCGAGAGCUCAAAUAAACCGAGUGACAGGGCCAACUCGCCGAGUUAAGGACAACCGAGCUCGAGUUGCACCGGAUUUGUCGCCUCUUUAUAAACAAAUACUCAAAUGGGAGGCUUUUCACGAAGAUCCUUUUCCUCCUGGUUUGAGCAAACAGGACUAUAUAUCUGUUGCAAAGUCAUUUGCUUCAUAUGAGGCUUACCGUAAAACCUUCGAGCCACUUCUGCUACUCGAGGCUUGGGUAGGAUUUCAGAAAUCAAAGGAGGAGAUCCCUCCAAAUUCCGCAUCCCUGGAAGUAAAGUUAGUUUCGAGAAUGCGGGCAGACAACUUUGUGGAACUCGAGACCACCGUCGCAAAUAUGGACGACCGCUCUCGGUGGCAAGAAUCAGACAUUGUUUUGUUGUCCGUCGAUAAAAGGCCUCUAUCGUCCACAGACAAGCCUCAUUGCCUUGCAAGGGUGCACAGUAUCAACAGAAAAUUCACGGGUGCUCCAGUAUGUGAGGUUCAGCUCCGAUGUGAUCCUUCGCCUUCGAUGAUGCAGAAUCAUAUGCGUAAUGGGGGCACUCUUUAUGCUGUUAAGAUCAUGGGAUUGGUUCCCCUCGAGAGAGAGUACUCCGCCAUGAUGUGUCUACAAUAUUAUGAUCUUGAACAUGAGAUCAUCAAUGCUAAGCCCGCUGAACUUGAAGAACCAACGGAGGUGCAGGUCAAGCGCACGAAAAACCUGUAUACUGUAAAUGAGCCUCAGGCACGUGCUAUCAUUUCUGCCAUAAAGAAUACUGGUUUUACAUUGAUUCAAGGUCCACCUGGUACAGGGAAAACUAAAACUGUUAUCGGGAUUGUUGGAGCUUUAUUGACACCAGGGACCACUGGGGCAACAGCGAUAACGGUACCCGGAGUUCAGAGUAAACCUAGCUUAAAAACAUCUUCAAAAAAGAUUUUGGUUUGUGCACCCAGCAACGCAGCGGUUGACGAAUUGGUUAUUCGUUUCAAGAAAGGUGUGCGAACCACAAAGGGGGAAGACAUAAUUCCAACAAUUGUUCGUAUCGGCAGAUCAGAUGCGAUCAAUUCUACUGUAAGAGAUGUUACGCUCGAGGAGCUUAUCGAACGCAGAAUGGCACCAACAACAGAGAGUUCGAAAGGCAAAAAUACGGACAUGGAAGAGUUGAGGAAAAAACAUACGCAGCUUAUGGAAGAGCGUGCUACUAAGCAGACACAGAUGGAUGAUGCUCGCUCGAAAAAGGUGGAACCACCUGCAGGCUUACAAGCUGAAAUCGAUAAACUUAGCGCCACAAUUCGUGAGCAGAGAAGAGCGCUUGAUGCAAAGCGAGACCAAAAAAAGGAGAGUAGCAGAAAUGCAGAGGUGUUGCGACGCCGUGUGCAGCAGGAAAUCAUGGACGAAGCGCAGAUAAUUUGUGCAACUUUAAGUGGGAGCGGGCAUGACAUGCUGCGUAAUGUGAAUGUCGAUUUCGAGACUGUGAUAAUCGAUGAAGCAGCUCAAUCAGUGGAAUUGAGUGCACUCAUCCCUCUCAAGUUUGGGUGCGAAAAGUGUAUUCUCGUUGGAGAUCCCAAACAGUUGCCCCCUACCGUCCUGUCCCGCGAAGCUGCAAAAUUCUCUUACGAGAAGAGUUUGUUCGUUCGCAUGCAAGAAAACUAUCCAAAGAACGUACAUCUUCUGAGUAUUCAGUACCGAAUGCACCCUAUGAUUAGCGCUUUCCCCUCAAAGCAAUUUUAUGAUUCCGAGCUUGAAGAUGGGCCAGGCAUGAAGGAACUGAGAACAGAGCUGUGGCACAACAGCAAUCUAUUCGGUCCAUACCGGUUUUUCAACGUGCAAGGUCGAGAAUCUACCGGUGGACGGACAUCUCUUGUCAAUCACAUGGAAAUUGACAUGGCCUUCGCCCUUUUUGACCGUCUGACAAAAGAUUUCACGGAAAUUGACUUUGAUGGGAAAGUCGGGAUAAUAACCCCAUAUAAACAGCAACUCUUUGAGUUGAAGAGGAGAUUUCAGAGGCAGUAUGGUGAACGGAUUGUGGAUACUAUCGAUUUUAACACCACAGAUGCAUUCCAGGGAAGGGAACGUGACAUUAUCAUUUUCUCUUGUGUGAGAGCUUCUCCCGAAGGUGGUAUUGGUUUCUUGAGCGAUAUUCGCCGUAUGAAUGUCGGUUUAACCAGAGCGAAAUCCUCGCUCUAUGUCUUGGGAAAUGCAAAUUCCUUAAUCAAAAAUAGAUUAUGGGGAGCGUUGGUGAAGGAUGCCAAGGAUAGGGGGGUGUUUACAGAGGCUCAUCAAUCUAUGUUCACAAACUCGGCUAGGGGGAGUAAGGGUGUUGCAAGCAAACCAGCUAUUGCAGGUAGGAAUGGACCGAAUCAGGCGCCCCGGAAUGUUGCACCAGCAGCGCAUGCCCACCAUGAUCCUAUGGAUAUUGAUGAGCCGUUGCCGUUGCCAGUGUCACGACCUCGACCUAACCAACGUCCAGGGCCGAACUACCAUCCACAAGCACCGAAUCCGCCUCGGGGUAUCUGCACAUCGUGCGGGAAGCCCGGCCACGGGCCGGGUAAUUGUCACCAAGGCCGCACUCACCAGAGUAGUCAGAACCCUCGAGCACCAACACAAAGUACUAGUAAUACACAUGACGUCCGUAUCCCCCCGAUCAAAACGUCGACAGAGCCACCAAAGCCCAUACAACCCCCAAAGAGAACACAUUCCUUUGAUGCAAAUGCCGAUGGAGCAAACAAACGACCGCAAUUUACCGGAUCUCUACCAGCUCCUGCUCCCAAGGGGCCACACCCACUACCCCCAAGGCCCAUGAGGAAAAAGGACGAUGAAAGUGGUGUCUUCCUCAAGCCUAAGAGACGAAGAAAGGGGAAUGCUAGCGCCUCCGGAUCUAAUGAUAGGGCAAAUGACAAUCAUCCGAAGACAGAAAAGAAGUGA